AUGUGGCUCACGCUGGCCAUCAUGACUGGCUGCAUGAUGAUCAUAUUUGCUAUAUAUGAGGAUGACAGUCAGUGGCUGUACGAUCCUUUCUAUAACUACUCGUUCGCAUCAUGUGGUCCACAUAUUUGUAUCUGUCCGCCCUUUUUGACAUGUUGUCUGCCCAUAGUAGCCCAAGUAUAUGGACCUGAAAACCUAGAUACGGUUUUCGUACAGACGCUCAAGAUAGUGCCGGUUGGGUGUAUAGAUGAUAAGCUCCUGAUUGCCCCCGAUGACGCAUUCCACGACCUACGAACCCGGGCCAAAAGUUGUCUGGAAAAGAACGAGCUGUACAUUGCGCCUCACGCAGCCCACGUACUGAGUAAGUUGGACCGACGCAUCUUCGGCGUGACACCACCGUCGCCGGCCACACAGAACACUAUGGCCAGAUGCCAAACGACUAAGACCCAUACGACUCCCGUCCUUGCCGGCGCUCCCAGUCCAGCUUCCGGUUGCCCUUCGGUCGUGGGACCCAUUUCGGUCGUGGGACCCACUUCGGUCGCUGGGCCUACUCCGGUCCGGCCCAGUGAGGCCGAUAAGGUCGCGAAGGUCGACAAUGCGGAAUCCGGAAGAAAUGUUCCGGCUGCGCAGAGAAGGGCAGGCAGCAUCAAGUCGUUCAUGACCGAGUCUCCUUGUCCACCGUCUUUGGUUGAAGCGUCUUCGGCCAAAGCAGGUUCGGCCAAAGCAGGUUCGGCCAUAGUCUCCACUGUUCAGACGGACUUCUCGCCCGUGGCUGCGUGCUUCCGAGAAGAGCCGUCCAGUCCUGCUGUGCCCGCGCGAAAGCAGAGAAGGAAAGCCGGCAAAAAAGACAGAAUCGGUUCCACGACCCUUCAGCAGUCCACGGCUAUCCUCCAGCAGUCAACAGCUACGCUGCAGCAAUCAACCACGACGGUUCAAGAGUCUCCCGCCGCGGCGGUACGGAAGUCGUCUCCGCUUGGCCUUACGCAGAUGGUCGCCGAGUGCACGCCCAACAUCUUCGCCGACGAGGAACUCUUCCCGAAGGAGGAACUCUUUUCAAAGGAGGAACUCUUUCCGAAGGAGUUGGUCAAGACGUCCAAGAAGACCUCCCCAAGCGACGUGACCGCACCCCAAGUCCCGGCCGACCACUGCGGCGACGGUGGGGCGUCGCAGCGGCAACCCACUUCCUUCUUGCAGACAUCUGGUGGCACUGAAAAUGUCCGGGUUCACCAAACCGCAGACGGCGGACUCAGUAACCAAUCCACCGACCAACUGACCUACCCUCCCCUUGACCAGCGUCCCCCGACCCCCCUUGACCAGCGUCCCCCGACCCCCCUUGACCAGCGUCUCUUUGGCAGGUUUCUCUGGGGUCAAGCCGACCGCGAAGAUGACACCACCAACGCGGAAGUCUCCUCCCGUUCGGUCGUCGGGCCGGACGCUGGACUCCUUCUUUCGGGGGACGCGGUGAGCUAG